AUUUCGGUCUGCUCUUUUCGUUGCACCGAGCUAAUGUAUUUUGUAAGAUAUUUUACUAUUAAUUAAUUUAGUAUUUUAUUUAACUCAAUAAAUUAAUUUUAUAAAUACUUUCAACCAUAGUGCUAUGCUAAUUUUAUGCAUCAGUAACUACCUGAUUAAAAAGUGAUUAGGUACAGUUGAAAAUCCUGUGUAAGAAUGUAUAGAAUUGCCGAAAAACUACCGCCCCUCACACGAUGCCAGGGCUCUACUAUUUUAAAUAAACAUCAGUCCGAUAAAGUAUUGAGAAGCUCUCGGCGAUAUUACGAUACGAAUGCACCGAAAAAAGGGGGUAUCGGUAAACCUAUACUCUACUUGGUUGGAGCUGCUACCGUUGGAGCUGGUGGUGCAAUUACCUAUGCUAAAUACGAUCCUAAAUUUCGUAAAACACUUAAUGAAUACGUUCCUGGAAGCGAUUCAUUUAUCAGGUUUAUUUCACAAGAAGAAAAAUCUUACGGAGAGAGUGUCAAGAGUAGUAUUUCAAAUGCUUCUAGCAACGCCGUGAAUAAGGUUUAUUCUAUGGUAGGUUUGGGUAAAGACGCUGAUCAAUCCAAAAUACAACCUCCUCCACCAUUAGUCGUCACAAAAACAACAAAAUCUCAAGCUGAACCGGCUCCUAAAAAAGAACCAGCUGCAGCUCCUAAAAAAGAACCCGAACCAACUCCAAAAAGUACUCCUAAAGAAGCUACGAAAACAGAACCAGCACCACCGAAAAAAGAAUCUACACCGGUGAAAGAGAAACGAGAUAAACAUGACGAUUUGAAAAAAUACAAUCUUCCUGAAAUGGAAAAAACAGCGAAGAAUGUUGCUGCUAAAGCUAUUACUGAAAUUAAUAAAGCUGUAGAUGACUUGAAAGCUUAUAGGGAAGAAGUGGCGAAUCUUAUUGAAAAAUCAAUACAAAGCGGUGAUUAUAAUAUUUGGUUCGUAAUCAGAGAAAAAACCGAACAGAAAGGAAAAUGCAUCGAACAUGCUGAAAAAAUGAGUAAAGAAGCUAUGCAAAAAUUAGAACAUCUUAAAAUCCUACUCAGCGACGAAAAGACUGAUAUAGAUCAUAUUACAAGAACACAAAUCGAAAACAACAUCAAAAAUGUUGUCAACGAUUUAGUUUACACAAAAGCAGUAUUUGCAAAAGAACUAAGUGAUUCGUCAGUAUCUGAAAAAUACGCUAAAAAGGUCGAAGAAUCGAGGCAAUCAUUAUCGAAAGAGCUUGGCACGUUAUUCCCAUCCUUGUUAGUAGAUACGGAUGUUCUUGCAUCUGAUGAAGAACUGGACCUGUUCGUUAUGUACACUUGCCAGUUACUUAAUUUCUAUCAGAAAGAGUUGCAAAAAUUAGAGACCAUUGGACGAUCAAAACUCAAUCAAAUAAUUGAACAAGCGAAAGCUGGUAAUGUGGAAGUCGCUGAUGUUAUUAGUCUCGAGAAAGAAACGCUGAAACGCAGCUUUGCACAAGAACUAUUGAAAUCUGAAUUGAAAAUCAAACUUGAAUUUGAAAACGAAUUGAAAAAUCAACUGAAACGACAAGCCGAAGUUUACAACGAUCAUCUAGAAGAAAUUGUUUACUUGAAAGAUAAAGAAAACGAAAGAAAGUUACAUCAGAAUAUCAACGAAAAAGUAGAAGACAUGAAAAUAAAUUAUAAUAAACAAUUGGCAAAGAUCAUUGGUCGUAUGAAAGGACUUGAUAUGGCGUUGAAAGAAAAAGCUGUCGCUGAGAAACAAGCAAAGCGUUCUCAACUUUUAUGGAGCGCUUGCCAGUCGUUGAUUUCAUCCAUACAAUCCGCCGAUAAUGAAAAAUCUUGGGAAGAACAAUUGAAACCCCUCGAAAAUGAAGUGAAAACUAUUUCUAAAGCUGCUGCUGACGAAGAUCCACUGGUAGGUGCCGUUCUAGCUGCUAUUCCGGAAGAAGCUAAAUCACGCGGAGUUUACUCAGAAUUAGCCCUUAGAGAUAGAUUUCUGAAUGUAGAAAAAGUCGCCUUCAGAUUAGCAAAUUUACCCGAAGGAUAUGUAUCGAUACCACGAAUGGUUCUAUCUUAUUUACAAAGCUUCUUACUGGUUAAUUUAUCUAAAACAAUUCCACCUGAAGAACUAGCCAAUGAACCGUUCGAUAUUUCGAGUUUAUCCAAUUAUGAUGUAUUAUUCAGAGCAAGGUAUUGGUUGGAUAGAGGAGAUUUUCUGCAGGCUUUGAGGUAUAUGAAUUUAUUGAAAGGUGCUGCUCGUGCCAUAGCCGAUGAAUGGAUUAAUGAAACCCGUAUUUUAUUAGAAACUAAACAGGCAGCUGAUGUUUUAUUAUCGCACGCUGCAUAUUCCAGUCUAAUUUAUUUGAAUGAUUCGAGUUGAAUGUUUUUGUAUCAUUUCAUAUUAAAAUAAAAUGUAUAAAGUUAUUAGAAAUCUGCGUAACUAUAUCAAUAAAUGUUGAGAUUUGUGUUUAAUUUCUGGGGUAAACUGAUUGAAAAGGUGUAAAAUGGUUAUUUUGAAAUGUGAAUAAAGUUUUAUAAUCGUUU